CAACCCCACAGGAACCCGCGGAGACAAUCCCCCGAACUUCAGCCCCACCCAACAGUAGAGUCAAUCAAGCGAACUCCCCCAAAGAACAGAAGGAAGACAAUGAAGACAGAGAAAAGGGAGGAGCCCGACAGCAAGGAGAAGACGAUGGGGAUCAUAAUGAAACACACGAGAGCGGGUGUCCUGAUGGAUCUAUCGUGCUGGGAAAAUUUUGUGCUGUGUUCCACAAGAAGAGGAGCUCGAUGGCCGACGCCCACACAGUGUGUCAAUAUAACAACAUGUCAUUGUGGGCUGAUGGGUUGAGCAGUUCUGAUUUUGACAUUCUUAAGAAAAAUGUUGAUGUCAUAACAGUAUGGACCGGACAAAGACAUAAAAUUAAUUGUGUAAUCUUCAAACUAAACAAGGAGUUGGAGAGAAAAAUAAACUGUACUAUGCAAAGAAAGUUCUUUUGUUUUUCUGCUAGACAAGGUCUGGAUGGACAAACACAGACGACCACUAAUCCAGCCCUGACACACAGUACCACGCCUCAGACACAGACACAAACACACAAAACUACCUCCACUGUUGCCAUGGUGACCACCGCGAGUACACCGAUUUAUGACACCAGCUCUAGUCCUGGUGCGGGAGACGCCGCUACGACAGGCUACCCUCCCACCAUCACCUCAACCACCACCACAGCAACCACGCCCACCACAACCACCGCACUCACCACAACCACCCCACCCACCACCACAACCACCACAACCACCACAACCAGUACCGCUUUAAGGAGCACCAGGAGCACCAGGAGAUAUUUCCGGACCACCACCACCAGCAAGCACACAGAGACCGAAAGCACCGUCACUUCUGCAAGAUGCUUCCCGCCCUCCACAGUCCGUGGCCAAUGUCCCCUCGGCUGGCUUACAAAGAGAGACAACUCUUGUGUGGCUUUCCUGAUGACGUCAUCCUACUUAGAUGGGCACAACAAUUGCAGCAAGAAGGGAGGCAAGCUAUUCUCCAUUGGGGAAACGGAGAGACCGUGUGUGGCAG